AUGAAUUCUUUGAAAAUAAUUGGAAAUGAUAAAGAAGAUGCAGUAAUAGAAUUAUUAAAUUCAGAAUAGAGCAAAUACUAAAUAAUUUUUAAAGCAGAGACUGGUGUUUUAACAAUUUAAAAUAAUUACGUAGAAAUACUUGAAGUGUCAGAAAAUCAAUUCAUAAUAAAGGCCUAACAUACUCGUUUCCGUAACUUGGUAUUUGAGAGAGAUGUAUAUGUAGGAGAUGUGAAAUAAUGGAAUUAGAUAGUAGCAGAAAAUUUUUGGAAUGAACCAUUCGGUUGGAGCAUUAAUCAAAUAACAAAAUGCGGUGGAAUUUAUAUGUUGGGAGGAUAUGGAAUAACUGCAAAAAAAGAAUUACAAAAAACUUUUGAAGAUAUCCCCUCUCAUACAACUAUAAGAGUUACUGGCUCUUUCCACUUUAUAGAUGCUUGGAGUGGCGAGGCAGCUUUUAUUAAAAUUCUUUUCCUGGAAAAAGAUACAUUUGAAUAUUUGUGGACUUAAACAUAUGAUUUCUCAAAAACAAAGAAUGGAAUAAAUAUUUGUGGGUCUGACUAUGUCGAAGGUUAAUUGACAAGCAAUUUCGAUUUUACUAUUCCCCACAGUUCAAAAUCACUAACUUUGGUUUUUGGAACUAAUUUGUAAGAUGAUCCUUAUGAAAAUUCUUACGGAAUUUCUAAUUUAAAAAUUUAUAUUCGUUGA